AUGCACUCCUCAUCAUCAUCUCGCGACGCUCAAAGCUUCAUAGAUAGAAACUCCAGCUCCACGUCUCUUGCGACCGGAAAGGCGUCAGCUGCCCCACCGAAACUCUCGACUCGAGAAAAUGACCUCGAAUUAAAGGACAUCAGGCCAAGCGAUGCCAACGGCGGCACUACCCACCCAAACCCAUCCAUCCCUGUUGAGGAGGAUAUCAUGCAACUGGCCAGGCUGGGAGAAAUCGGGACAAUACAAAAGUUAUUCGAAAAGGGAAAAUACGAUGCCAAAUAUAAAGAUGAAGAGGGUAUUACACCGUUGCAUUGGGCCGCAAUAAACAAUCAGUAUGCCCUUUGCAAGUUCUUGCUCGACUCCGGCGCCGAGGUGGAUGCGAAAGGGGGUGAGUCCGUAGCUACAGCAGCUAUGUGGGCAGCUCAGCGCUGCCACUAUUACAUCGUGAACCUACUUCUGCAGCAUGGCGCAGAUCCUCUAUUGACCGAUAUCCAAGGGUAUAAUAUAUUACAUCUUGCUGCCAUCGACGGGAAUGCGUUUCUCCUCGUCCUCCUCCUACACCAAGAAAUCCCAGUGGACGUGACAGAUCCUCAAGGCCAUACCGGCCUGAUGUGGGCAGCGUACAAGGGCUUUCCGGCAUGCGUGGAUCUCUUUCUACGAUGGGGAGCUAAUGUGAACGCUGUGGACGAAGGGGGAUUGUCACCAUUGCACUGGGCAUUGGUGAAAGGUUCCCCGGCUUGCGUUCAAAAGAUUAUCGAGUACGGGUCGGAUCGAUUUGCAAAGACAAGAGACGGCAAGACGCCAGCAGUAGUGGCAGAUGAAAUGAAGACGACGAACGUGUGGCAUCGGGCUCUAAAUGAAUGUGGUUAUGAUCGGGAGGGGAAUCUUAGAGCUCUACCAUUCGGUCUAACCAACUUUAUACGGACGAAGCAGUUCACGUCGAAAUUUUUCUUCUUCUGGCCCUUUUUUGUUAUCCUUUUGUCUAUUUUCACUCUCAGCAAUAUGGUGAUAUAUGUUGCUGUUCCCACCACCAUCGUGAUUGUUCUUGGCAUGCAGUGGAUUGCACAGCAGGUUGCUAAUCUGGGACCUCCGGAGUACAGGGUGUUGCAACGAACGCCGUUCUUAGCAGGCGUAUUUGCUGGAUCACUAUUUUGGGUGGGCGUCCGCUGGCUGGUCAAGGUCCUCCCAAAUACAUACUCUUCCCAUCCGAUUUUGAACUUUUUCUUUGCGAUAUUUGUCUGCUUGACAGCAUAUUUUUAUGGCAUUUCCAUGCUCGAGGAUCCGGGCUAUGUCCCUAAACUUGGAAGCAGGAACCAACAGAGGAACACUAUAACAGACCUAUUUGAGCUCUGGAAGUUUGACGAAGACAACUUUUGUGUAUACUGUAUGAUUAGAAAGCCUCUACGGAGUAAACAUUGUAGGCGUUGCAAGCGUUGCGUAUCAAAGCAUGACCACCAUUGCCCGUGGAUCGACAAUUGUGUUGGCGCAAAUAACCUGCGCCAUUUUCUUUUGUAUAUCUUCAGCAUGGAAAUUGGCAUUAUCAUAUUUAUACAACUAGUACUGGCACAUAUCGACUCCAUUCCCGCCCCAUCCAACGCCGAAUGUAACAUCCUUUCCUCAUUUCUGUGUAGCAUCGUCACUCGAGAUACUUUUACCAUUGUCCUCACGUUAUGGAUUGGCCUGCAGCUGAUAUGGGUUACCAUGCUCUGUCUUGUCCAGCUAGUCCAGAUCUCCCGGAACCAGACCACGUAUGAAAAUAUGCGGGGCCACACCCUAAACUAUGCCAGCCCAGCGUCGCAAGCCAUAGCAUCCGCCAUUACAACAGGAACCACUUCUGUAGAUAUGAGAGGCCUUUCUGCUACUGGUCAAGGACCGAACCCGGCAAUGCUACCUACGACAACACCACCACAUCGCCGGGCCCCUCUCCACCGGCAUAGCCACGGUUGUUUAGCACAAUGGAAAAAGCUGCUGGGGCUGGAUACCUUCGUGGUCACUGCUCAGGAUGGACUGGAGCGGCGUGGUGGGGGUCGGAAUAGAAAUCCGUUCUCCCGCGGUAUUGUUACGAAUUGCAAAGACUUUUGGUGCGACAGUGCGUCGUAUUUUGGCAAGAGAGAUACAGGGAGCGCGAUGUUGGAUGGCGAGGUUGUAAAUUAUAAUAGCAUGUUCGAUAUGCCGCUCAUGACGAGCUCAAGGAGGAAUCGGACCGGGUCCGGUAUGGUGUAUAGGAGUAUUGCAGGGGGCGAUGCUGUCUAG